GCAGGGAUUUUGCAUCGUAGGGCUGCCCCCGAGCGAUUUGACCACAUAUAGGAUGAUCCUCACGCAGUGCGCCGUCUGCGCCACCGAGCUUGGCCUAACUUUGGGCAAGAAAUGCGGCCGCUGCAGCACGCGCUACUGUGGCGCCGAAUGCCAGAAAAAACAUUGGGAAGAGGGCGGCCACGACAAGCUCUGCAAACAAAUAAAAAAGGCAGGCGGCGCCGAGCAAUAUAAUGCCAACAAGAGAUACACGGAGGCCGUAGUGGUCGCGGCGGAGGCGUGCGCCGAGGACACGAAGGGCCAGACGUGCUUCAUCUGCACGCAGGCCCUCCAUUGGAAAACGAAGGAGGGUCUCGUGCGCGGGUGCGCGUGCCGCGGGACGGCGGGCUUCGCGCAUGUGUCGUGCUUGGCUGAGCAGGCGAAGAUUUUGCUCGCGGAGGCGGAGGAGAACAAUUUGGGCGCCAAGGUGUUGGAUGAGCGGUACCGCCGGUGGUACGCGUGUAGCAUGUGCGAGCAAGAAUAUCACGGCGUCGUGCGGUGCGCGCUCGGGUGGGCGUGCUGGAAGACGUACUUGGGCCGGCCGGAGACGGAUCAGUUUCGGAGUAACGCGAUGGGGCUGCUGGGGAUGGGUUUAGCCUCUGCAGGACACCUCGCGGACGCGUUGACCGUACAGGAGGCCGAAUUGGCUAUGACGCGGCGACUUGGCGAAUCAGAAGACGCCAUCCUCGUCGUGCAGGGCAAUCUUGCGAGCACGUAUUCAAUGCUUGGAAACAUAGAAAAGGCCCUAAGCAUGGAGCGAGAUGUAUACUCUGGACGUUUAAAGUUACACGGCGAGGAGGAUUCCAACACCCUCCGAGCAGCCGGCAACUACGCGGUGUCCCUUCAUGAUCUACAGCGCUUCGAAGAAGCCAAGUCACUUUUUCGAAAAACGAUACCCGUGGCGCGACGCACUCUCGGAGAAGAAAAUGUACUGACGCUCAGGAUGAGGUGGACUUACGCGCGGGUGCUCUACUUGGACGAAGGCGCCUCUCUUGAUGACCUGCACGAAGCCGUGGCGACGCUUGAAUCCGUUGCGCAUUUGUGGAAGCGCAUUUUCGGACCGGCGCAUCCUGAGACGCAGAAGGCCCAGGAAGCGCUGAAAGGGGCGCGCGAGGCGCUGGCCAAGGGAGGUGUCUAGCCCCACUGGCACACCAUCGCCGCGACGCUUAGUAAUCAC